GGAAGGGGGAAAGCAGGGGGAGACAGCCAAGGGAGCAAAGUCCCCCCCUUUCCUUCCUCCCUUCCUUUCCUCUUCCGCCUUCAGUCCCCUUCCAUUCCUUUGCUCCCUUUUUGCAGAAAGUGGGCUCUUUCCUUCCUUCCUUUCCCAUUUCAUUUCCAUAGCCCCCCCUUUUUUUUUGGGUGGUGAAGCUGCAUCCAGAGGUGCAGGAGACCCAUCAAGUCUGGGAUUGCAUUGCUCAAGAGCAUCUGGCUAUCCAGAUUUGGCACUCCUACUGAAAACCAGUGUGGUGUAGUGAUCAUUGGGGCUGGGAGAGUCAGGCUGAAACCCCUACAGAGUGGACAGAUCUUCAUGUUUGUUGGAGAAGCUCUUUGACGAACACCCACUGACCUGUGGCACCUGUAAAAAAUUGUAACUUCCCAGAUUUGCGCUCUGCAACAUUUGCAUUGAUCGCAACCGGAACUUCACCUGCAACCCGGAGACUGAACAGAACUUAUUCUGCUGGAGUGACAACCAGCCGGCCAAGGAGAAACUUGGAUCCAGGAGUGAGAUGGGAUAAGGACACUCUAUGGCCUCUAAGAAAGCGCUUUUCAAAGAGGGCUGUGCACCACCGAGCCUUCGUCUCCACUUCCAAGCCGUCCGGGAACCAAGGCUGAAAAUGGAGGAGAAGAACCCCAUGUGUGCCAAAUCAUCUGAAGGGGCAAAGAAGGUCCCGCGGGGUGUCCAGGCCGACAGUGCCAAGGAGAUCCUGAGGCUGAUGACACCGGAGCAGAUUAAGCAGGAGCCGGACGAAGGCUUGGCACAGCGCUGGGAGACCCAGUGGCAGGAGUUCCUGAAGGUGGUCCAGUCCCCGCAUGCCGGCUGGGGGAACCCCGAGUUGGUGGCUUUCAACAGCCCAAAGGGGCUCCACAUCUCGGGCAAGACGGCUCAGUCACCAGCCUUGGCUUGGAAGGUGAAGGAGGAGGCCCUGGAAGAAGAAGCCACCGGCCCGGAGACCCAGCGCCAGCGCUUCCGCCAUUUCUGCUACCAGGAGGCCGAGGGGCCCCGGGAGGUCUGUAGCCGGCUCCGAGAGCUCUGCCACCGGUGGCUCAAGCCCGAGAGACACACCAAGGAGCAAAUCCUGGAGCUGUUGAUCCUGGAGCAGUUCCUGGCCAUCUUGCCACCAGAGAUCCAGGGCUGCGUCCGGGAGCGAGGCCCAGAGACCUGUGCCCAAGCGGUGGCCCUGGCCGAGGGCUUUCUGCUCCGGCAGCAAGAGGCCGAGAGGCCACGGCAAUUGAUUCUGGAUUCCUUCAAAGAGAUGGCGGUGAAUUUCCCCCGGGCGCAGCAGGCCUGCCUGGGUGCUUCUCGGAAGCAAGCAGGGAGCAGACUUCUGAAUGACCCGGAGAGGCAUGUUUUGGGGCAUCAGGAAUAUCUCGAACGAGAGCCACCUGGAAGGAUGUUGCUGUCCAAACCCCGGGAGAAUCUCUCUCAGCACCGGGAUCUAAGCAAGCCCUCUGAAAACCAGUCCCGGGUGGAGCGUCCACAGGGGAUCCACCCUUCAAAGAGAGCCCCGGAGCCCGUGCCGUGCCGUGUGGACUACGCGAACCUUGGCGAGAUCCUCUUCCAAGGGCGGAUGCCGGAGGGACAGCGCCCAAAGCGUUGCGUGGUCCUCCGCCGGCGGAUCCACUCGGAGGAGCGGCUCUACAAGUGCCAGGACUGCCGGAAGAGCUUCGACCACCGCUCCCACUUCAUCCGCCACAAGAAGAUCCACACGGGGGAGAAACCCUUCCAGUGCGCCGACUGCGGCAAGAGCUUCAACCGCAACUCCAACCUCACCACCCACAUGCGGACCCACACGGGGGAGAAGCCCUACACUUGCGCUGACUGCGGGAAGAGCUUCCGCUGGAGCUCGGAUUUCAUCGUCCACGAGCGGACCCACACGGGGGAGAAGCCCUACAGCUGCGCCGACUGUGGCAAGGCCUUCCGGCGCAGCUCUAACCUGACGGCGCAUGAACGUACUCAUCGGGGGGAGAAGCCCUACAAGUGCUUGGAUUGCGGGAAGAGCUUCACCCGGGGCCUCUACCUAGUUGCCCACAAGAAAACCCACAUCAUGGGGGAAUGAACAGGGCAAUGCUUGGCAUGGGGGAACGGCAGAAUUGGAGAGGGCAGGGGAGGGUAAAGAAUGUCCUGGUUUGUGACCAUUGCCUUCUCCAAUUUGGGUCUUUUUGGGAUUGGGGUAGAGCCUACAUCAAAUCUCUUGAUAUCCCAGCUGCGCCCACUAUAUUUCCCCAACAAUCAGUAGCUCGGAAAGGUUACAUCUCUCAUGUCUCACUUAUGGGCUUUCCAGGAGCAUUGGAUCAGUUGCUGCAAAGAAGAUGUAGGAGACUAGACUGGAAACGUCUGAUCUGAUGUUUACGCCCGGUGUUUGUCUGCACUUCAGAGAGGCAAGAAGUGCACCAGAAUUAGAGCAACCACGCUGGAUGGACGCAGUCUCCUUUCGCUUCAUACUAAAACUCUUUCCUGCUGGGUUCGGCGGCAGGUGGUUCUGGCUCUCCCAGUCGGUCUCGGUGUGAUUUGUCGUAGAUCGGCAAAGAUUUCUGCCUUUCCGGUUCACAUAAAUAACGGCAUCCUGCCCAAAAUGAUGUACUGCUGGAAAGGAGCAAAAUCCAGGGAUUUUCAGGGAUAGGAUUAUUUGGUUUUUAAAACGGAAAGCUUGCAAAUUCAAUUUUGUUUUGCUGUGCUAUGCGGUCAAGUCAUUCUCGGCUUAUGGUGAUCCUGUCAUGGGGUUUUCAUGGCGAGAUUGGUUCAGAGAGGUUUGCCUUAACCUCCCUCUGAGGGUGAAAGUGUGAGACUUGCCCGUAGUCGCCCACUGGGUUUCCACAGCUGAGUCGAACUCUGGUCUCCACAGUUGUAGUCAAACCAUCCUCAUUUUUUAAAAAAAUCUACUUUUGUGUUUCUGAUUUAAUAGCCAUCCAAGGCUUCCUUAUCAAGGGAUUUUAUGGGGCGGAGAGCAUGCGACCACUCAAAGGUUACCCGGUGGGUUUUCAUGGCUGAAGGGGAAUUUGCAUCCUACUUUCCAGUGUCUAAGACUGGAUCUACAUUGCCAUUAAGUCCAGUUUCUGUAUCCAGAUUAUCUGCUUUGAACUGGAUUUUUUUUUAUGUCAAGAGCGACUUGAGAAACUGCAAGUCACUUCUGGUGUGAGACAAUUGGCCGUCUGCAAAGACGUUGCCCAGGGGACACCUGGAUGUUUUACCAUCCUGUGGGAGGCUUCUGUUAUGUCCCCACAUGGGAAGCUGGAGUUGACAGAUGGGAGCUCACCCCGCUCCCCGGAUUCGAAUCGCCAGCAGUCCUACCGGCGCAAGGGUUUAACCCAUUGCAUCAGCAGGAGCUCCUUUGAACUGGAUUAUAUGAGUCUACACUGCCAUAUAAUCCAGUCCAAAGAAGAUUAUAAUCUGGAUUCAGAAACUGGAUUAGAUGGUAGUGUAGAUGGGGCCUAGGUCCACUGCUCAAACCACUACACCAUUCGGACGUCUUUCAUUAUAAAUGUAUAUCUUUUCCCACCUAGGUCCAAUUGGGUAACUUCUGAUUUGGCGGUUUGGUUAUAAAAAGGACUUUCUUGAAACGGAGAUAGGCUUUGGAUCUGAUAUAACAGUAUUUUGGUGUUUUCCCUGCCCCAAGAAACUUGGAACGCUUAAAAUUUAAAUUAUAGAGGGAAAAGGGCCAGGCCAAAAGAGAACUAAAGGGAAAUGGAAACGCCUUCAUUUCCACCUAUUAUUGUGUUUUCCUUGCUGUGAAAUACGGUGCCUCUAUUAUAGAAUUGAUGUAGUUUGACCCCACUUGAGCAGCCAUGGCUCAGUGCUAAGGAAUCUUGGGAGCUGUAUUUCUACAAGGCUUUUAGCCUUCUUUGCUCAAGAGUGCAAGUGCUUCACCAAACUACAAAUCCCAGAAUCCAAAACAUUAAGGUGGUGUCAGACAGCAUUAAUUCUACAGUUUAAGGCGCCUUCUACACUGCCAUAUCAUAUCCAGAUUAUCUGUUUUGAACUGUAUUAUAUGACAUUGUAGACUCCUAUAAUCCAGUUCAAAGCAGAUAAUGUGAAUUACAGUAGAAUCUCACUUAUCCAAAAUAAACGGGCCGGCAGAACAUUGGAUAAGCAAAUAUCUUGGAUAAUAAGGAGGGAUUAAGGAAAAGCCUAUUAAACAUCAAAUUAAGCACCAAAACAUCAUGUUAUACGACAGAUUUGACAGAAAAAGUACAGUAGAGUCUCACUUAUCCAACAUAAAUGGGCCGGCAGAAUGUUGGAUAAGCGAAUAUGUUGGAUAAUAAGGAGAGAUUAAGAAAAAGCAUAUUAAACAUCAAAAUAGGUUAUGAUUUUACAAAUUAAGCACCAAAACAUCAUGUUAUACAACAAAUUUGUCAGAAAAAGUAGUUCAUUACACAUUAAUGCUAUGUAGUAAUUACUGUAUUUACAAAUUUAGCACCAAAAUAUCACAAUGCAUUGAAAACAUUGACUACAAAAAUGCGUUGGAUAAUCCAGAACGUUGGAUAAGUGAGUGCUGGAUAAGUGAGACUCUACUGUAGUUCAAUACGAAGUAAUGUUAUGUUGUAAUUACUGUAUUUACGAAUUUAGCACCAAAAGAUCACGAUAUAUUGAAAACAUUGACUACAAAAAUGCAUUGGAUAAUCCAGAACCUUGGACAAGGGAGUCUUGGAUAAGUGAGACUCUACUGUACCUGAUUUGAUAAUCUGGAUUACAUGGCAGUGUAGAAGCAGCCUAAGACAUAAAGAUGGACAAGGGAAUAGGUACAGGACUUAGGGCUUACACUGUAGAAUUAAUGCAAUUCAGCACCAGCACUCUCUGGCAGAGGAAGCUAACAGCUCCCAACAAAGGAUUCCCUCAGGCAAGAAGCAGCCAGGCUUUGAAUCUGCAGGGCCAUUAAAUGCUAAUUAACCUGGCCAACUGCAACAUUCACACUUGCCCCAAACAGACAAGAGUUCUUUCUCCCAUCCUGGAUUUUCCACAAAUUUCUAAACCCCAAUUGCCUAGAUUUCAACAGACCUCACAACCUCUGAGGAUGCCUGCCAUAGAUGCGGGUGAAACGUCAGGAGAGAUUGCUUCUAGAACAUGGCCAUACGGCCUGGAAAAUUCACAGCAACCCAAAGCUAAAGACCUUGUAAAACCACAACUCUUAGAUUCCAUAGCAUUGAGCCAUAGCACUUAAAGUGGAGUUAAACUGCAUUAAUUCUACAGUAUAGAUACAUCAUUGGAAAAGUCAUUUUUUAAAAAGUUUAGCCAUCUAUGGCAUAAAAUUCUUCCUAUUUCUGACAUUCAGAAUGCUCCCUUGGAAUGGAUUCAGGUUAUUAUAUUGACCCUGUAAAAAGUAACUUUUCCAAGUCCCGAGAACCAAGGCUUUGGCCAGCUUCUACAAACUCGCUUUCUUUUAACUGUAAGCUGAGAAAAUAUCUGAAAUUUUGACUUGUUUUGUAUAACAGUUGGGCUUAUUUCCUUUCCGCUGCAUUCCGAAUAGCGCUAUCUGUAUGUAAAACCUAUGUAGAUGAUAUUUAUAUAUUGCAUUUCGAAGCACUUGCUCCCUCUUUCUUUCGCCUUGACCCCCCUUCCUUGCUCCUCACCUGUUUUCUCCCAGCAGUAAAAACUCACUUAGUUGGUCUUGUACUAAAUGAUCUUACUUUAUGACAACCAAUAUAUAUGUAUGCACAUAUAUAUAUAAUUGGAAAAUUGAGGACUCAAUGUAUCUUCUGCCCUUUCUCUCUUUUUUAAAAAAAAGAAAUUAUAAUUUGACGUGAAA